AUCCGUGUGUGGCGUAUCGCGCUUAGUUCCGUGUCGGAAAGUCGAUCGGGCCACCGGUCGACGAACCCUUGGCACGAAUCAUCCCCCUGCGAGAUCUCGCGUUCUUCGUACGAGGAAACGUUCCCUCGAGCAACGAAUAAACGAUCGAUCGACGAUGCAAUUCGCUCCUCUCGGCUCCUCAAGUGCAUCUAAUUGAGUGCACCGCAAGUAUUUCCCCCGACGCGACGAAUGAUUGUCCCCCGAAAGCGUGGAUCUUUGCGAUUUUCGCGAGUCCUCCUCAAUCGAUCGCCGGAUUUCAGGAAGGAACUAGGUCGGAGGCGACUGUCCAAGUGUCCUCGAUUAAUCAAUGUCGGUUUUGACCGGCUGCGAAUCGAAGAGUGAGAGGAAGAAAGUAAAAAGACGGUCCAAGUAGAGAAAGACAUUUUCGAUCAGCCGCAAUCCUUCCAUCUUAUGCUCGUUUACAACGUAAUCGUUGCACGUUAUGCGGCACGCACCUCCGUGACUGCACGCAUUAAGGGCAUUAAGGGAACGCGCGUUGCGAGCAUCGAGAGCACUUGACGAGAAGAGGGGAAUCGAGCGCAGAUAAUCGGGAUCGAUCACGCGCCGAUUAAAUUCAAAAUCGAGCCAAAGGGAACGCGCUCGAAUCGGAAUCGAGUGGCCGAUAUCGAAUCCGCACAAAUUUAAAUCGCAUGAUGUAAUUCUGAGAAAAAUACAAUGGGAAUAAAGACGGAAUAAAAAGAUAAUAGAGAAGACAAAUUGAAGAAAACGCGGAAUCUCAACGAAGAAUAAGAACCAAGAGUUUCUUCCACGAGCUGAUGCAAAUUGAAUUAAAUACGCGCUAUAAUUUUAAGAUACGACUGCGAUAUCAAAUACAGCGAUACUGAAUUUCGAGCUACACACCUACGCAAACGAGACUCUAGUGGAGCAAUAUUAAUAAAAAAAAUGAAACGAUCUCGAGCAAAUUAAAAACAAGAAUUAAAAUGUUGAAGUAUGAAUUAGAUGAUUUCGUGAAAAAGAAAAGGAGGUAAGGGAGAAAAGAAAAGGAAAGUUUUAACGAGGUUUAACACAUCAUUUUCGCGUAAAUUCGCAAACGUGAAAUCGUACUCUCGCGCACGCAAUAUCACCGCAAGAAAUUCUCGUCGGAGAUAUCUUUUUCGCGUUCGAGGAACUUGUAAUAACAAUUCUCGCGGGAUAAGAGAGCGCAAGAAACUCGAGAAGAACAUCUCUCUCCUUUCCGGUUACACAUCCCUUACGGGGCUCGCGGGAUAAUAGAAAGUAAUAAGAGUAAGAAUAAUAAACGCGGGGAGAAUAAAAACGCUUAAUCCCAACGGGAUCGCCAGGAAGGGAAGCACAUGCUGGGAGGAGAAAUAAUUCCCUUUCCGAUAUCGUCGUAAUGCCCGAAUCUGCUGACAACGCGAUGAAACGGAGAGACGGCUUCGUCGGGGCGAGAUCUCGAUAAUUUCAAUCCAUUUGCGAUCUCUUUCCCCUUCGUUUCCGAUCGCGGGAUGAUCGAGUUCGCGCGUCGAAGUCGCAACGUCGCUCUGCGACUCGAUAAUUUGACUGGCAUUCGACAAACUUAGAUGCCACUCCGCUCUACCCGAGAUCUCUGUCCACUUGGAGACAAUUGUCGCGACACUCAAACGCAGUAAUCGAAAGAUAAGGACAGCGUUUACAGCAUCGUUUCAACGUUCGAGAGAGCCCAAUGCAUCAUACUAGCCGUUACUAUGCUUGAAAAGAAUCGACGCGUCUCGUGAAUGGCCGAUUCAUCUCGCGAAAACGUGGCAUGUUGCUGAGGAAACUUUAAAGGAAGAAGGAAAGAGACGGAAAAGAGGAAAGUCCGUAACGAGAUGGAAGACGCGUCAAGAUGUUGCGAGACGCGAAGAGAAACAUGAAGUAACGGACACGGGUCCAUUAUUGCCCCGGAGGGCUUUCCAACGUCUGGAGGCAGAGAAGACACGGUGACACGGAGAAAAUACGGCAUGGAUUUCCCAAAACGAGAAUGGAGUCACAGGCUUAGUCUUCGUGGUAGCCGAAGAGCUCACGAGGGCGAGAUCGGUCCUAGAACGAUAGCCGGUGCCGCCAGGACCACGAGGAGAUGGGCCAGCCUCAGGCAACACGUGAGCAGCGGCAAUGACGGUGGUAAACCCCGCGUCGAGCUACUGUUCGAUACGCCGGGUUCCAAACCCUCCACGCCAUCCUCGCAACCGCACACGCCUAAUACACCAAAAACACCGCAUACCCCACCAAUCAAGAAGUCUAAUUGGGAGGUCAUCGAGCACUUUACCGGCGCGCCACGACCUUCUAUCAUCACAGUUGCCAGAGGAUCGGAAGUGGGCAUGGCGCCGACGACCGGAAGGGAGACCAUGGCGGAAGCUGCGGCGAACGCGGGGAUCACGCAGCGCACGCCGAAAUGCGCCCUGAGCAGGUUCCUGAGCUCGUUAUGCGGCUCUCAUCGCUUCAAGAACUUGCAGGUUGAAAUGCUCUACCAACGCUACUUCCUACGCAUGAAUCAAAGUAAUAUGACACACGUGCUCAUUCUACUAGUCGGUUUGGCACUCGCAUUGGGCCUACUACUUGUUGCGAAAUUGAUGCUGACUGAUAGACCGCUGUUCACGCUUUUACAGAGACCUGAAAAUUUCUCCCUUGGUGUCACUUUAGUGACUUGUAUCGCUGUUUACAUCGUUUUGGUGGCUGCCAUAUCCAGACCGGGCAUGAACGAGAUAUGGCUUGCGGGUGUCAGCGGUGCAGUGCUGGUCACUCUGCUGGCCCUGCAGGUGACCUUGAGUAUUCAUCUGGCACGCCUGCACGAGGCAAGCCAUGACAAUGCCGAUGAUCCGUCGUCCUUCUCCAGGCCGGAGGAUCUUCGAGCCGGUGGACCCCUCGCCGCCACUUUGGCGGUCUGCUUCUUCAUCUACAUGGCCUACGCUCUUCUGCCGAUCAGACUCAGGCACGCCUGCAUCGCCGGGAUCGUCUUCUCGGCCGCUCAUCUCAUCGGAGCCUUCCUGCUUUAUCCAGAUUAUCCAUCCAUGAUCGCACACCUGUUGAGUUCAAUCGUGGUAGUCGGUGGAACAAACGUAGCCGGUGCACUAACACAUCACCCUCGGGAAUUGGCGCAAAGACAGGCAUUCCUCGAAACCCGACAAUGUGUUGAAGCACGUUUGACCACACAGAGGGAGAAUCAGCAACAGGAAAGACUUCUGCUCAGCGUAUUACCUAGACACGUGGCCAUGGAAAUGAAAGCCGAUAUAGCCGGAAAGCCAAAGGAUACGAUGUUUCACAAAAUUUAUAUUCAAAGACACGAAAAUGUCAGUAUUCUAUUCGCCGAUAUUUGUGGAUUUACUUCGCUCUCCGAUCAAUGCACUGCCGAAGAACUCGUCAGAUUGCUCAAUGAACUUUUUGCACGGUUUGACAGGCUAGCCUCUGAGCACCACUGCCUCAGGAUAAAGCUCCUCGGGGAUUGUUAUUAUUGCGUUUCCGGACUUCCGGAGCCACGACCCGAUCAUGCUCAUUGUUGCGUAGAGAUGGGAUUGGACAUGAUAGAUGCAAUAACAUUGGUUCGCGAAGUAAUGGCCGUAAACGUGAAUAUGAGAGUUGGCAUCCACACGGGCCGGGUUCACUGCGGGGUUCUCGGCUUGAGGAAAUGGCAGUUCGAUGUUUGGAGCAACGACGUGACCCUAGCCAAUUACAUGGAAAGCGGAGGGAUACCCGGACGCGUGCACAUCACAAAAGAGACUUUAGAUUGUUUGGGAGGAUAUUACGAAGUCGAGGAAGGUCGCGGAGGCGAGAGAAACGCGUAUCUAAAGGACCACAACAUCAGAACUUAUUUAAUUGUCCCUGGAGAUACGUUUAAGGACAAUAUAACUAGUUCCGGGAUGCGAAAGAAUUUUCCAGCGAACGGUAACGUGUCUAAAGAGAUGAGGGUUAUGGGCCAUGGCUCGCAACACGGAAAACAAACCAAUAGAUUAGGCUUCGGUGAAAUUAUCGAGAGCGAAAAGGACCCCGAAGAUGAGGUAAACGAGUAUCUGAUGCGAGCAAUCGAUGCUAGAAGCAUAGAUCGAUUGAGAGCGGAACAUUGUACACCCUUUAUAUUGAAAUUUCGAAGACCGGAUGUCGAAGAAAAGUAUUCGCGAGAAAGAGACAGGAUGCUCUCAGCUUACUUCGUGUGCUCCGGUUUCGUCUACAUGGUCGUUGUGGUCGCAAUAGCCAUCACCCUCACUGGAAGCGUAUACUUCUACGUUUGCACCGCGAUAAGCAUAUUGGUGAUAGCCUUAGUCAAUGCCGUUUUAUUAGCGGAAAAGAACGAGAGAGUACCGCAGUGGGUGAGGAACGCAGCCUUACAGAUCUUCGAAAAUCGCAUCGUCGCGCAAAGCAUCGCGUCCAUCGUCGUUUUUUUGACGUUCAUCACGGUAUUGUCACCGUUGAUCACAUUAGAAGGAAGCAAGGCUUGCACCAGCAAUAACACCUCGCUCUUCGCCGCAGAAUGGCUAGACAAGAAUUCCACCGUACAGAGAAUUCCGACAAAGAGUAACGACAGUGUCAGCAUAUGUGACUAUAUCCUUUUCUGCGACCUGUUUCCGGUUCUGGUGAUGCUCGUGAUGGUGACGUGCGCCGUGUACCAGAUUCUAACGUUGGUCUUUAAAGUAACCGUAUUGAGCAUCGUUGUGAUUUUUUAUCUCGGGAUCAGCAUUAACCAGGCACUAAAUGAGGUCGAUAUCGAGCCCGCUGGAAGAUGGUUGGCGGGCGUUUUGGUGGUUUUCUUUAUGGCCUGCUUAGUGGCACACUCCCAACACACAGAGGCAACUUACAGAUUAGACUUCCUAUGGAAGUUACAAGCGACUGAGGAGAAGGAGGAAAUGGAGCACUUAAAAGCCUACAACCAGAAACUGCUCGCAAACAUACUUCCCGAACACGUGGCUGCCCACUUUCUGUCUACUGUCAAUUCAGACGAAUUGUAUCACGAACAAUGCGAUUGUGUAUGCAUUAUGUUCGCCUCGAUCCCAAACUUUUCGGAGUUCUACGUUGAGCUCGAAGCGAAUAAUGAGGGCGUAGAAUGCCUCAGGCUUCUCAACGAGAUCAUCGCUGACUUUGACGAGUUACUCGCCGAGGAACAGUUCAAGUACAUCGAGAAGAUCAAGAGCACGGGAGCCACGUACAUGGCAGCAUCGGGCUUAACGAAAAGCACCUGCGACAUGCGGGAUUUCAAGCACGUAGUUGCCAUGGCGGAUUACGCUCUGAGGAUCCGCGAGCAGCUGGCCUAUGUCAAUGAACACAGCUUUAAUAACUUCCGCAUGCGUGUGGGCAUCAACAUCGGACCGGUGGUAGCCGGUGUGAUCGGCGCCAGAAAGCCGCAAUACGAUAUCUGGGGCAACGCCGUGAAUGUGGCCUCCAGGAUGGAUUCGACGGGCGUGUUGGACGGGAUUCAAGUCACCCAGGAGGUGCGCGAUAUUUUGAUCCCCAAAGGAUAUCCGCUAACUUGUCGUGGGACAAUCCAGGUCAAAGGAAAAGGUAGUAUGAUAACUUACUUCCUGGACGGACCGAAAAACAUCACGAAGCCCAAUCAGGUGGAUGUCACCAAGACGAAUUCUAAUAAUAACGACGCGAUGGAUAAACCAACAGUCAACAACAGCAAUGGGACCGUCUGAUUGGUGGGAAUGCUCGAGCAAGAAUUCGCGACGAACGACGGGUCACACCGAAGAUAAAAAAAUUCCAAUUAUUUUUUAUUCUUGCGUUUGUCAUUUAAAACUUCUUCCAUAUACUGAAGCCCAAAAACAACCGCGUAAUUUCUAAAUCGCGUGUGCACAAAUUGGAGUCGAAUACCGUCCGUAGCGACAUCAAUCGACCUCUGACACACAGACGGAAUAAUUACGCCACUAGUUUUAAGAGGCAAACGAAGCGUGAUCGACGUUCGCAAAAGUAAUCCCCGGUAUUUCGGUGCGGAUUUUAAAGCGAGUUAUGCUUAAUUACUUCUGAAUUAACUAAAGACUAAAAGAAUUAUACAACUUUAAAGAACAACUGUCGAAUCAUUUCAAGUGAUAAAUAAAAUCUCGAAAUUAAUAUAAACUUUUUGGAAGCAUUUCAAUAACAAAUACUUGUCUAAAAAAUA